AUGCUUCUCGAGAAUUCUUCCAAAAAUAUGUUAGUCUUUUGGUUUGACCAUCAAUUUUAGGGUGGUAGGCUGUUGAUACAUGCAGGUUUAUCCAAUUUUCAAUUACGAAGUCGAGGCUGCGAUCUCCCCAUCCGAGUAGCCAAACACGCCAUCAUUUCCACUUCGCGACCUGAUGACAAAGAUCGCAGCCGCGAUCUCAGGAAAAACAGCCACGAACCUGCCCUUCCCUCCGGUUCUAUGUAAAUAGGGGGCUACUCUCUUCAUUUCAGAAGACUUCGGGAAGCUUCCAAUUACACCCUAGAGAGAGGAACUAGAGAGAGAAGUUGAUGUCUUGGGUUGUGUCCAACCCAGCGGGGAUAUGGUCACUUCCCCUAAUGGGGUUGUGAAAUUCACAACCAAGGGUAUUUUGGGUAUGAGAAAAAAAUAAAUUUAUUAAUUAUUUUUUAUGUAUUAAUUACAUAUUGAGAAUUAAAAACCCAUAUUAAAUACUUGUUUUUUAAAUUUAAAUCCUACAAUAAAUACAACCCCCUCUCUCUUCCUUUUCCAGCAGCCACACCACUCCGAUCGGCUGACUUUCCGAUUGACAAACUUUCUCCGGCGAAAUCCUUGAAUAAGACUCGCUCCGGCAACCUGCAAAAUAUUACCGCUCCAUCAGUGCGCUAGUGGUACGCUACCGCUACCACUGGUACCACUACCAGUACAGUGGUACCACUACCAUCUGGUAGCUAGUAGUGGUAGAGUACCACUACCAUUUGAUAUGAUCCCAAAUUGCCCACAAUUCACGUCAGAAUUACUUGACAAAGAAGCUACCAAAGUUGGGAAGAAGAAAGGCAGAAUUUGGCUAAGUCAAAAUCCGUGUUCAGGGUACAUACUUUGGAGGCAUGGUUCUCUCAAUUGGCUUGGUGGAAAUUCAAUGUUAAGGGUUUGUUUUGCAGAUAAAGUUACCAUCUUUCCAAUGGUAUGCUUUAUGGAUCCAGAAGAUGUCAUUAAGGUUGUUUUCCAAGUUCUCAAAGUUGCUACCUCAAAACUGGAAAACUGCCAGAAAAUGGUUAAAUCUGGAAACUGUUUUGUGAAGCCUACUUUGGAGCUCAAUUCAAGGAGCAUGGAUCUGAUUCGAGACCAAAGGCUUCUACAACAUGAAAAUAGGAAUGUUUAUCUACCAAGGGAAGGAAUCGGAUGAAAGAUCGGAGUUCUAGAAGGCCUUGUACGAAAGGUGUGAAGUUAGUACGAAAGCUGCUUUUUUUGACUGUUUGCUGGCAGCUUACUUGCACUUGAAGAAAGAGAGUUUAAAUCCGAAUUUUUAGUCCUUUUUAGAGUAGUUUUUUACCUUAAUUGUUUCCUACUUCUAUUAGGUUUGUAUUAGGUUUAUUUGCCUUUAAAUACCUUUCUACUUUCGUUGUAAAACUAAGACUUUGUUGAAUAGAAAAGAAACCCUUUGGUUUUGUGCAAGUUGCGACUUGUUUUGGGUUUGGUGGAUUCCAAACUUGCUGAGCUUGUGUAUCGAUUGAAUAGUCACUUCAAUCGUGGUCGAGCAACUACCCUUUUAUACCAAUCGAGCUAUCCCCAGGUGUGGAUUUGUCCUUUUGGUUCCGUUUUAUCCAAGUUCGUAUUAAGAACGCUUCGUUCUUGAUUCGAGCUCAAUCGAUUCUUCGAUUGAGUCGUUAGCUGCGUGACUUUGAUAAACAUACACCUCCCAGGGGCGUAUCAAGUGGUAUUCGAGCCUGGUUCAAAGCAGGGGCAAGAAGGAGAUCGAGAAUCUUGUUUUUCGUUCUGUUUUUCUUUGCGGACAGCAAACAGAGAGGAGCAGAGGAAGAUUCUUAUUCGAAGAAGAAGACCCAAUCCGCAGAAGAGACGAUGGGAAGUCUUCAAAUUGACAUGGAUGAAUUUAAGAAGAUGCUCACAGACGCGUUUAAUGCGACCUUCCAGCCCAAAUUUGAUCGAGUUUCUCAUUGAAUAGAUGAGUUUGCGUUGCCGAGAAACAAUACAACUUCGACGCCAAGUUUUACAGUACGUAAUCCAAUUCCAGAAGGGAGUCAAGACCAAGGAUUUGUAAUCAGACCUGCCCACGACUUGGAAGAGAGAGUUAGGAGUUUGGAUCGACGAACGUUGGCAUCCUCGCAAGGCAUUCCCGUCCAAACGUCCACCGGCGCUCAUCAUCUCUGUUUUCCUUCGUCAAAACAGAGCCCACAGCGUGGAGAAGUCGAUGCCGAGCUAGGGGAAGAGUCCAGCCACACCACCAGUGCAGACAUGGUCUAGGUAGCAUCAAGAAUCUUUACCCUGGAGUGGUUUGCGUCGAUUCAAGACCAACUGCAGAAUCGAGAUCGACCAGCAACGCCCCUGCACUCGAGAAAACAGAGCAGGAGAGAGGGCGACUUCGUCAUAGAGAUCGGCGAAGAUUCGAACUCCGCCAUUGGUGCCAAAUCGAUCCCCACGACCCCAAAAACAUUGGAAGAUACUUCAUCGGAGAUGAACAGACCUGGAAUUGGAGAAUCGAUUCGCGUAAAACUACCUCUGUUCGUGAAGAAAACGGCCGACGAGGACCCUCUCUUGGGUGGAGCAAUCCAGCUCGAUUCGAGCAAAUCCAACGCUGUAGAAUCAUCAUAGGAGGUAAGAGGAACGUGUAGAAUUCAACAAUACGAAGAGAAGGUGCUUGGAUAUAAAACCCCCAAUUUCGAUUUGGUUUUUCUGGGUUGCGGACAUUCGAAUUCCGUCGAAGGUGGGAAAGGAGAACUCGACGAAUUGAAGACAAUGGCGAUGCUUCGGGACUUGGGAAUGGAGCAGAACUUCAAUUGGAAGCCUGGAGAAGAGUUUGGAGUGCUUGAAUUGGAUCAGAGUGGCCUAGAGGAGAGGUCCCCAAUUUGGAAGAGGUCGCCGGAAAACUCAUAGUCACCGGAUUCUGGGAAAUCUUCGCCGGAGUUCGAAAAUGUGCACAAACUGAUUUUGGGUCCAAAUUUUGUGGAUUAUUGUGUGACAAGUGAGCCAUGGAGUCCCACGACGCGGCUGAAGUUGACUGAAGAAGGAUUCGAAGCUUCAAAUUUUAUGCCAAAAAUUGAGUUUGAGCAACCUACUUUCGAUCCACUUUGGGAUCGAUUCUGUGAUGAUUUUGACAAAAGGAAAGAUCAAGCUUUGAGGUCAAAACUUUUUGAAGAGGGGGAGCCUGAUAUGAUCCCAAAUUGCCCACAAUUCACGUCAGAAUUACUUGACAAAGAAGCUACCAAAGUUGGGAAGAAGAAAGGCAGAAUUUGGCUAAGUCAAAAUCCGUGUUCAGGGUACAUACUUUGGAGGCAUGGUUCUCUCAAUUGGCUUGGUGGAAAUUCAAUGUUAAGGGUUUGUUUUGCAAAUAAAGUUACCAUCUUUCCAAUGGUAUGCUUUAUGGAUCCAGAAGAUGUCAUUAAGGUUGUUUUCCAAGUUCUCAAAUAUGCUACCUCAAAACUGGAAAACUGCCAGAAAAUGGUUAAGUCUGGAAACUGUUUUGUGAAGCCUACUUUGGAGCUCAAUUCAAGGAGCAUGGAUAUGAUUCGAGACCAUAGGCUUCUACAACAUGAAAAUAGGAAUGUUUAUCUACCAAGGGAAGGAAUCGGAUGAAAGAUCGGAGUUCUAGAAGGCCUUGUACGAAAGGUGUGAAGUUAGUACGAAAGCUGCUUUUUUUGACUGUUUGCUGGCAGCUUACUUGCACAUGAAGAAAGAGAGUUUAAAUCCGAAUUUUGAGUCCUUUUUAGAGUAGAUUUUUACCUUAAUUGUUUCCUACUUCUAUUAGGUUUGUAUUAGGUUUAUUUGCCUUUAAAUACCUUUCUACUUUCGUUGUAAAACUAAGACUUUGUUGAAUAGAAAAGAAACCCUUUGGUUUUGUGCAAGUUGCGACUUGUUUUGGGUUUGGUGGAUUCCAAACUUGCUGAGCUUGUGUAUCGAUUGAAUAGUCACUUCAAUCGUGGUCGAGCAACUACCCUUUUAUACCAAUCGAGCUAUCCCCAGGUGUGGAUUUGUCCUUUUGGUUCCGUUUUAUCCAAGUUCGUAUUAAGAACGCUUCGUUCUUGAUUCGAGCUCAAUCGAUUCUUUGAUUGAGUCGUUAGCUGCGUGACAUUGAUAAACAUACACCCCCCAGGGGCGUAUCACCAUUUGGAGAAGAUUUCAUAUUCCAGACAUCCACAUUCUUCCAUUGUUCAUUAACCAAAUAAGCCUGGCAAUACAUGCCUGAUUCCAUGUUAGUAAAUCCUUUAUACCAAGACCUCCUUCUGCUCUAGGUAGCCAUGUGAGACUUGUGUUGUUCGUAUCUUUCUUGUGCGAUAGAUCCCCCCUACAUUAUGUGUAGCAUUCACGUUGUUGCUAGAGAGGAAGAUGGAGGCAUAGGUUUAGUCCACGACCCAAAUGUUGACCGACCCAAUCAUAUCAUCCCUUAAUCAACCCCUUUGAGCCGUGUGUCUAAGGGACGUUCUCGUGUUAAGUAGCUCAUGAUACUUGAGCUUGAUUGAUUUAGAUAGAGCGACCCUACUUUCUUUGUGUCUACACCUUAUCGAGUCACCCUUGUGUUUGGAAGCUCCAUUCAUACCAUUUGAGCUUAAAUGAGGUUCAACAUGAGUGAUUUGUGUAUGGUUUUUCUAAGAAGUGAAGUGAGUGUGGAGGUAGUUCGUAAAAGUGAGCAUUGUUCAUUGAGUAAAAAAAAAAGUGGCAUGUUUUUAGCUCUCUAUAGCCCCCAAAGAAAAGAGAGAAGAAAAAAAGAUCAAUAAGGGAAUGGCCACCAAAAUAUAAUAAAUGUUGAACAUGCUCUUAGAAGUGUUGCUUAGCAUGAAAGCUUUAGGAACACUUACUUGUUGUUUUCCUACCACACUCUUGUGCUUGAAAUUGACUUGCAAAUGUAAAAAGAAAGUAUGUGUGACAUGGUUUGGUGAUGUGUUGUAGUUUGGAAUUGAGGGAAGUGUAGUUUUUGGCGGAUGCUAGUGGCAGUCAUUUGAACUAGUGUCUAAGACCUUCGGACAAGCUAGCAACGACACCCAUCUUGCGAGCUCUAGCAUUAAGAGGCUACCAUCGUGGUCAAGGGACGUUAGGAUUGAGCGUGAUUAUGCACAUCUUUUGCAUCAAAUGGUCCUGACCCCACUGGUCGAGAGUGAGUGAUUCAUUCAUCAUGUUUUGUUCAUUUCUUAUACCCCGGUGAGGACCUAGGUUACUCGAUCGCUCGUUCCUAUGAUGUCAUUUUCAUGCAUGAGUAACUAUGAUUGGUGAGUCAUCGAGGCAUGUUGUGUGUUGGUUGAUAAAUAAUGUGAGAACUCUUCUUUUGCACAAGCUUAAUACAGUUGAAUGUCAUUU